GUGAUGUCAGUCCUGCACUUAAGGAUUAGCCAUGCCAUGCACUUGUAAAAGAGUAGGCCAUUCAUCCAAAGUGUUCGACGCAGCAGUUUUUCCAAGACCGCUGUCAAAUCCGGAACUAACCCUUCGCAGUCACGAAAUGGGUGCUGCUGCACUUCUUGGUGUUAGCUGCACAGGUAACCAGAAUGUGCAAAGGGACGCCGAGAUCAUGGAGGAAGCGGCCCAUCGUCCCAGACAGGAUCUUGAGACUGAUAUCCUGAACGACCCGCGUGAAGCUAUAGCAAAGGCCCUGCUGGGUGCAUUAUUAUUGAAGGCCCAAAUGGAGAGGGCGAAGGCCCAAAUGGAGAGGGCAGCCCGACAUGACCGCCAUGGCUCCAAGACGUUGCCUACAGUUUUCUACAAUGCCGAAGGCGGCUUCCACUUCCAUGUGGACCCUUGCCAGCCUGCCAUUCUAAGAGAUGGUAAGCGCGCGGUUGAAUGUACGAAGUCUUCCCCCACCACCGUGCUCACAGCAGAGGUGGUCCAGCCGAGCUCUACUGUGGACUUCUUCAUCAAGGUCGGCUCGGCAGAAAAGGGCAUCUCUUGGGGCUUUGUGGCUGGCAACACGUCACUCUCAACAUGCAGUGGCUUUGACGAUCAUCUCCUUGGGGAAAGAGAAUUUAGCAACUCCAUCGGAGCUUGGUGCAAUGAUAGCAAUGGUGUCUGCCUACGCAGUGGCGAGCCUUCAGGAUCAGCGCCCACACUCUCUGACGGAAGCGUUGUGGGUGUGAGAUUUUGCCGAGGCAAAGUGUUCUUCAUUGACCCAAAGGGACAGGCAUUCCAUCAAUGUGAAGUCAAAGCUGGAGUGAGGUUCGGAGUGUCUAUGGCAGCACAGGGCCAGUGCGUCAAGAUCGUGUCCACCGCAUCGCAUGAAGCAGCUCAUGUCAGGUAUUUGUCUCCAUCUCAAAAAUGCCAUGGUGAGCGUCUUCUGCGAAUUGGCUCCAGAGUGAAGUUGCCUGAUGCAUCUGAUCAAAGAUUGCAGAACAUGCGAGUGCAGUGGAACUUUAUGAUGCAUGGACACUGUGGCAAGCUUGGUGAAGUUGUCGAGUGCAACCAGAGAUGCGUCAAGGUUGCUGUGGAUGACACAGCCUUUUUCUGGGACAUCGAAGUUUUCGACUCGACUAACAAGCGCUGCUGCCACCAUGGCUGUCAGCUGGUGGAGGAGAAGGUGCCUGGCCCAACAUCAGGAAGAGUCUGUGACGCAUGCCACACCUACAUACCAUGUGGAGCCCUUGACCACAGAUGUGUUGCGCACGACUAUGACCUUUGCCACUACUGCAAUGGUGCGCCUGUUGUCCCGAAGGUUGGAAGCAGGGUGAUCCGUGGACCAACGUGGAAAUGGGGCAGGCAGGAUGGUGCGGCUCAUGAGGAAGGCACUGUCACAGGAAGGGUAGACAGUGAUGGCUGGCUGAAGGUUGAGUGGGAUGCAGGCACUAAAAAUUCCUACCGCGGCCCGCCUUACCAGGAUGUGACCUUGGCUCAUGAGAAUGGCUUGAAGGGCAAACCGCCUUUUGGAGAGCAGGACCCACUCGAGGAGUUGAAAAAAUUGCUCUAUGUCGUGGCUAGUGCUUCCCAGGGUGAUGCACAGGAACUUCCCCAAAAAACUUUCAGAGAGACUGGUGGGUUCCACUUCUGGCAGGGUCUGAAGUCGAUCUCUGUGGAUGAAACGAAAAUGGUGGCCCAGUGCAAAAGGCAGCAGGAGGCCACAGCAGUGACAGAGGAGGUCUUCAAUGCAGAUGGACGCUACGACUUCGUCGUGCGACUCAAUUGCGCUCAUGGAAAAGGUGACAAAGAUGGUGUAAUUGCCAUUGGCAUUGUGGACGACAAUCCAUCUGGCUUCAGCAUGCAUCCGAUCGGGCAUGAAGCCUUCGAGGGCACCAUAGGUGCCAUGUGCUCGGCUGAGGCAGGGGCCAUGGUACAUGAUGGGAAGAUUGUGGGUGAUGCGCCUGGCUUAGUGGAUGGUGACAUCCUCACAAUCCGCGUUGAGGAUGGUACUGCCGACUUCCUGAAGGGCAGUGUGAGGUUCCACAGUGUGGGGAUCAAAGGCAAGUUCCGCUUCGGAGUGUCCAUGUCGACACCUGGGCAAUGUGUGGAGCUUGUGGCAAAUGCUCCUUUAGGUCAGUCAGAACUUCUCAGCAGCUACCACAUCAGCGAGGUGGUUCUUCGUGUGGAGAUCGGAUCUGACUUAAAGCUUGAUCGCAAGGAUCCCAAAGCUCUCUUGGGUGAAGGUGCGUUUGGAACCACCUGGAAAGCAGGCUUGGUGACUGGAGAAGGCCUUGUGGACGUUGCAGUGAAGGUCUUGAAGGAGGAUGGCCUGUCGACGGCCUUGCGAAAGGACUUUGCUCUUGAGGUUGGUGCCUUGGCCUCGUUGAGCUUGCCAGGGGGCAUGCCGCAUCCCAACCUUGUGAAGCUGUUGGCGAUUGAUCCCCAGAACUAUGCCAUUGUCACCGAGCUCUGCCUUUGUGAUUUGCGACAUCAUCUCAAGUCAAAGAAAGGAACACUGAACAGCCGAGCACACUCGAAACUCAUGCGAGACGUCGCUUGUGGUGGUGCUUGGUUGGCCCGCGAGGGCUACGUGCACAGGGACUUGAAGAUGGCCAAUGUCCUUAUUGCCCCGGAUGGGGGCGGCUUCACCGCCAAAAUCGCAGACUUCGGAUUGGCGCGACCACAGGUUCAAAAGCUGCAGCCACAAGGGACUGUGCUCGUCAUGUCGCCUGAAGGCUUUGAGGGCCACUUCAGUGAGAAAAGCGAUGUCUAUAGCUUUUCUUAUAUCAUUCUUGGAACCUUCAAUGAGGAGGAGGUUGACGAGACAUGUUUCCUGGACCGUUCGGACCAGGUUCUGGAGGGAAUGCCCAAGCAACAAAAACUAAUCCAGGCGAUCAAGUCAGGCAAACGCCCUUCAGUGCCCAGCAAGGUGCCCAGGAACAUUGUAGAGUGGAUCCAGGAAGCAUGGCAUCCUGAGGCGCCAAAACGGCCCACUUUUGAAGCGCUUUCAUUAAGAUUCAGGCAACUGCUCUGAAUAUAUCUAAAUUGUUCUAUUGACCUCCUGCUGUUUUGACAGCCAGGUGCAGGGCUAGCGGCUAGCGGUCAUGAGGAAACAUGUUGUCCUCCUUGCAGGGCAACUUGGAUUCUUUCAGCCUCUUGAUGAAGUUUAAGAGGUGGAUCGCCGACAAAUCGUAGCAGAGACGCCACUCCUUUGAGCAGCGGCU